AUGUCCGGCUCAUCCUCGCUCCGACGUCAACCAUCCUCCUCCAACCUCACUCGUGCUGUUCAGCCUCGAUCGAGAGCACCGCCUGUCUCCUCCUCAGGCGCAGCUAGGAGACUGACAACGAAUGGUGCUGGCUCCUUGCAACCAGCUUCACGGCCAGCUUCAUCCGCUUCCAACAACGACGCAGACAAGAAGCGAUCCGAAGCUGGUGAAUGCAACAUUCAAGUCGUCGUUCGUGUACGAGGGCAAGCUGCCAAUGGGCCGAAAGGGACAUCACCGGGCAUUCUCUCUACAUCCGGCCCACGAUGUCAGCAGAUCGAUGUGGCGAUCGAGCCACCUCCCGUAUCUUCCUCUUCCAUUCUAGCCUCCUCUUCCAUUCUAGCCUCCUCAUCCAGUCUUGUUCAAGAGUCUUGGACGCGGCAGAAGAGCUAUCAUUUCGAUCAGGUCUUUGGUCCUGAAGCGGAUCAAGGCAUGGUCUAUCAGGAUGUUGUCGGCCCAAUUCUGGAGCAAGUCAUGUCUGGCUACAACUGCACCAUCUUUGCCUACGGUCAGACGGGUACGGGUAAAACGCAUACUAUGGAGGGCGACUUGACAUGCCAAAUGGGAACCUACAGCUCUGAAGCAGGCAUCAUCCCUCGUUCCCUCUAUCGUCUCUUCCACACACUCGAGCUUUCCAAAGAGGAUUACUCGAUCAAAGCCACUUUCAUCGAGCUAUACAAUGAAGAGUUGCGAGAUCUGCUCGCUUCAGAAUCUUGUGCCAACACCUCUUGUUCGACACAGAAGGACGCGCAACACGGUCUCCGCAUGUACGACGAUGCACGAGGCAAGGGUGUUGUCAUUCAAGGUCUCGAAGAGGUUGCACUCAAGGAUGCUGCCCAUGGCCUCACCCUGCUUCGCCGCGGAAGUCAAAAGAGGCAGAUCGCGGCUACCAACUGCAACGAACAGUCCAGUCGAUCUCACAGCGUCUUCAGCAUGACCGUCUUCAUCAAAGACAAAGGUUCCCGAGGCGAGGAGGUGCUCAAGAUCGGAAAGCUCAACCUUGUCGACUUGGCCGGUUCGGAAAACAUUGGUCGUUCUGGUGCGGAAAACAAACGUGCUCGAGAAGCAGGAAUGAUCAACCAGAGUCUUCUUACUCUCGGUCGUGUCAUCAACGCUCUCGUCGAGAAGAGCAGCCACAUCCCUUACCGAGAGUCGAAACUGACACGUCUCUUGCAAGAAUCGCUUGGUGGACCAACCAAAACAUGCAUCAUCGCCACUGUCUCGCAAGAACGAGCAAACAUGGAAGAGACACUCUCUACACUCGACUACGCCUUGCGCGCCAAAUCCAUCAAGAACCGUCCAGAGCUCAACAGCCGCAUGACUCGUUCUGCGCUCAUCAAGGAGUACGUCUUCGAGAUCGAACGUCUCAAAGGUGAUCUUCAAGCUUCGCGCGAUCAAAACGGCAUCUAUCUCACCGAACAAUCCUGGCAAACGAUGCAUAGCCAACACGAACAACGCAAGACGCUCGCCGAGACACUCCAACGCAACGCCGAACUCACCGAAAGCAAACUCAACAGCCUCAAAGAGCAGUUUGAGCAAAACAUGCAGCUUCUCGUCAAGCGAGAUAACGAGGUUCGCAUAGCCAAAGCAGAGUGCGCUCACAAGGUCGCUCAACUCGAAAGCAUGAUGGCAAGGGCAAGCUCCUUAGAGUUGACUGUGGAGGAAGAGGUGGCGCUGCGCAAAGCAUAUAUGGCGAGCGAGGCGCAUCUGAAUCAGGCUGCUUCUUCCUUGGCUGAGCUUGUGCAGCAAAGCACAGAGGAUGUUGAGCGACUGUUUGAUAAGUUGCACAGGAAGACCGCCGUGGAGAAGGCCAAUGGUGCGCUUGUGGCCGAAUGCAGGAAUGCAGUCUCGCAAAGAGCAAGCGAGCUUGAUGCUAGUUUGGGUACUUUGCACUCUGCAGAAGCCAAGUUCCACGCCUCUCUCAGGUCCAGUCUGGAUUCGUUGGUUAGUGCUACAGAGUCUCGGCAUGAGGAGCAACAGCAGUGCUUGCAAGCCAAGUUGAAGAAGCUAUCUACCUCGUUGAGCGAGGUGCGAUCGGGAGAGAUCGAGUCAAAGGACCUUCUAUCUGCGCUGCUUGCAGAGCUGGAUUCGACGAUGAACGAGAUGCAAGCUACUAGCGACGCUAGCCUUGGCUCGCUCAAGCAAACGUGCCGGGGUGCGAUCGAGGAUGUUGUGUUGGCCAAUACGCAGCGCUUUGCUCAGGUUGCUGCCUCACUGGAUGAAAUGGUGCAGUCUCAGCUCGCGACGCUCCGCCAAGUGAUCGCUAUGAACGCUGCCAACCAGGACAUGAUUGCCCAAGCUAAAGCUGCUGCUGAAGCCGCAAGUGGACAAGAGAUGGCAAGGCUGCGAGAACAGAACGCAAUGCUCACUGCAACAGUCGACGACAUGAAGCGCAGCAACACUUGUCUCAAGGCCGAUCUUAUGACUGACUUCGGACGCCUCCUUGAUCGAUUCACCGACCAGCAGGAAUCAGCGAUCUCGACAUCGAUCUCAUCAGCACAAGCGCUCGUCUUGCAGUCCACUACUGCAUCGCAAUCGCAUGCCUCUCAGCAAAGCUCGCACCUCGACUCGCUCUCCACCGCAGCAGGUCAGAUGGCAUCUCAACUCGAACAAUCCAAAACAGCCCUCGUCGAAGGGAGCAGUGUCAUCUCUCACCAUGUCAACCAAGCAAGCGGCCAACUGGCUACAAAGAUGGAUGCAUUCGCCUCGGCAAUCGAGGAGGAUCUCUGCAUCUCCACCACCUCGGCCACUCGCGGACAUCAAGAGAUCGCACAAAUCGCAAGCAAAGCAAGGCAAGAGAUCCAAUCUCGAACCAAGUCGCAAUCGGCCAAGAUCAAGUGUACAAACGCCAAGCUCAACGAGACAUUUGAUAGUCUUGCUUGCACCCUUUCCACUUCGUCGCAGGAGAUCGCUUCCACGACGAAAGAGGUUGUGCGGCUGGUGGGGGAGAGGGAGCACGACAUCAAGGUUUGGAGUGAGGGUAUGAGUGGCCGUUUGAAAGGCCUUGGCUCCGACUCAACUGCUUUACUUGUUAACAAGUUUAAGCAGGACAAGAGCACAGGCCAAACACCGCAAAAGAGAGCAUGGAAGAUGCCAGCUCGAUGGAACCUUGUACCUGCCAAUCGCAAGGAUGCGAUCCAGGCAGGAAAGCAAGUUCAAGACGCUCUACUAUCUUGUGCUCCACAAGUUGCCGCUAGCGACCACCUCCUCAGCUCCGAGAUUGGAAUGCAAGCCCCAUCAGAGCCUCAAGAUACAGUGCCUCAAGACACAGACACUGCAACACCUGCUCCUGCUCCUACUUCAGCUAAUGCAAGCAUCCAAGACCACCUCAUCGAAGCAACCGCCAUUCAAACAGCUACUACAACAUCAAAUUCCUCAGCUCGACCGCUCCGCCAAAUUGCCUUUGCUCACUCCAACCUACCCAUGCCAGCGUCAACAUCAGUUCAAGAUUCAACAGGCAUCAAAACUCCCACCACCGUCGAAUCAGGACCUACAAAAGGUAGAAGUGCAAAAAAUAAGCUCACUGCAUCAUCGGCUACCGCUUUACCCACGAGUAAACGUGCUCGUUCUUAA